AAGGCGCAGCUCUCUAGCGAGGUGGGGUUAGAACCGAGCUAAUUAUUUUCCAGCGGGUUUACAGUAAAACACUUAUUGCCGCUUUCCACGUACUAUAAAUGAAAAUACUACAAGAUUUGCAUGUUUUCGGGGCUUCAAGGACAACAAAAAGGCAGCUGAAAACAUGACAUUGACAAGAGGCUCGUUCACUUAUUCAAGCGGAGAGGAAUAUGAUGGGGAGUGGAAAGAAGGCCGAAGGCAUGGAGUCGGUCAUUUAAAAUUUUCUGAUGGCACUACCUACGCUGGACAGUUUGAAAAUGGACUGUUUAAUGGUCGUGGGGUAUUAACAUUUUCAGAUGGCUCAAGAUAUGAAGGAGAAUUUUCCCAAGGCAAAUUUCAAGGUGUUGGAGUGUUUACUCGUUUUGAUGGAAUGAAGUAUGAAGGGGAGUUCAAAAGUGGACGAGUUGAAGGAUACGGACUGCUCACUUUCCCUGAUGGUACCCAUGGAGUGCCCUGGAAUGAAGGGUUGUUUGAGAACAAUAAGCUGCUGAAAAGAGAGAAGUGCCUGGCAACAAUCCAGAGAGCUCAAGACGCCGCCAAAUCAGCUCGUGGAUUUUCUGUAUGAAAGCAAUGAGUCAGCAUCAUCUGGGGGUCCUCAGGGAUGGAUGACAGGGUAACAGCCUUCUCGUUUAGUUCAGUGCUUGGCGGUAGUGCAAUACAAUUAAAUGCUGCUCAGAAUAAGAAAAUGAUUUUGAGAGGGUAACACCGGUACAUUUCAAUAAGACGCCCCUCUGAAGACUUGUGUUUUAGGAGACUGUUUUUAACACUUUACUUCAAUUACACUAAUAUUACUGGUGUGCUGUGUUCCACAAAUGUAAUUUUCACACUUUUUGCACAUGCUUAAAACUUUGUUGGUAUCACAAAAUCGACUGAUAGUUAAGUUGUAAUGUUAUGUUACUGCUCAGGCAACAUUUUUUGCCAAAUGUUUUUAAAAUAACUGUUAUUAGUGUCACUUUUGCCUUAAUAUCUUGUCCAUAAAUUGCACAGAAGUUUUCAGUUACAGUGAUAUGCUGUCUAGAGUUUCACCUUAAGUGGACAAUGCCUUCUUAUUAAGAGUCAAGAUACUUCUAGCCUUUUUUCUAAAAUAUUUUAUAGCUGACUAAUAUACUUGGAAUAUUUGUCAUUUACCAUCUAACUUACCAUAUGACAGAAUUCUGUUUGUUGUGCAUUUUAAAUAGUAUCAGAAAUUCUGUGAACAGGUCUGCCCCUUACAACAUUGUCAGAAACCUGUAAGAAGUAAUUACUUGGCCCAAAAGACGUCAUGAUGCAUACAAGGUGACUGAUUUGACAUAAAGCGUACAUACUGUACACAUUGCAUAUUCUCGGACAGAUCUACUCAAGAGCUUAUUCCAGGGGCACAGGAUGAAAAAUCCCAGACACAGCCCUGGAGUGGUUUUCAGUCCGUUGUAGUGCCCCCUUUCUCACAGAGGAUGGUAUAAAGCUGGACAAGUCAAUUUAAAAACAUCUUAGGAUAUCAAAUAUUUGUUACGUUUUAGGCUUCCACAGUAUAUCGUGCCCAGAAUACUCAGACACAUAGUAGCUGCUCUAUAACAAUCAACGUUCACACAUUUAUUUAGCUUAUUAUUUAUAACACGUUAUUGUUAAAGUUACUACUACUCCUUUUUUUCCAUUGUGAGCCCGCUAGAGUGCAGGGAUUUCAGAAAUUCUUGUUUGAGUAAAGUGGGUCAGCUAAAUUACCAUUUGAGAUGUUGAAUCAUGUGCUCCACACAGUAUCUUCUCAGGUGUUUUAGAGUGAAUUGUAUUAUCUGCUGACCUGAUGAGCAAAUACAUUUCUGUCCGAAGCCCACAGUGAAUCAAAAGCAUUGCAGUUAAUUGUGGCUGAUAAAUAACCUAAAAUAACAAUGACAGAUGAUACAAAACUCUAGGAUCUGUUGUGGUGAGUUCAUCUUAUUAAAAUAAUCCGUUAGUUUGUUUACCUGAAUAUUUUAAAUUCUUUGCUGGACAUUGUUAAAGUAGAUUUCAGUAAAAUGUCCAACAAUGUAUGUGCCAAUUACAGCUUUUAGAAUUGUACAUGUAUCAAGAGACGUUUGCAAUAAUUACUCAAGCACGUUUGACAAAUGAAAUCCACAGCGCCCUCUGCACAGUAUAUGUGUGGGUUACAACAUCUUAUUAAACAUGAGAAAUGGUUAUCUUGAUUUUAAAUUAAUAAAAGGUAAAUUUUAAAAAGGGUGUGUAGAACACUAAAUAUACUAAAUGUAAAUAAGAAAAAGGUACGCAUACAAUAUAUGUUACAGAAAUAUGUUGGGCAAAUGGAGAUAGUGUCAGAGCAAGAUACGCGUUACUGAUGCUAAUAUAAUGUAGACUAAGCAUAUUACCGGCAGUCUAAUAUACAACAAAAUCUAUACAGAAUACACGUACAGUAUGUCUAACCAAAAUAAAAUAAAUCUCUAUAGUAUAUCCUUGGUAUUCAAGUAGAAUUGCUUAAUAAAUAAUUUUAUCUGUAUUUUGAUAUGCCAAUAAUCGGUAUUGAGAAAAUGAAUAUGUCGUAGGUCUGUUAAUCAUUUACGCUGUCACGUCUGGCUUUCAGAUGUCCAGUGAAUGAAUUGUUUGCAGUGGUCUGAACUGUUGAAAAGCAUACCCUGAGUUUCUGUAUUUGUGCUAGCAGGAGUGAAGCAUUUGACACUGCCCUUUGGUGUGGAUCAAGAACGCAUGCUUGACCGGCUGGCUCAUUUAUAGAUGGAGUGAGAACGUUUUGACGUGCACUCUUAUAGGCGCGGCGAAGGAAGAGGUUUCACUUAAACACUGGGUCUAUUUAAAAUCCACUGCUUUAACUUGGACCCAUCUUACAAUUUCCAGCACAUUUCAAAGCGUUAUCAUUCACCAGUUCAUACCAAUGGAUAAAAACUGACUAAGGGCCUACAGGCCAACAUUGCAGGGUCUUCAACCAGUUCCUUCAUUAGUAGUCUUGAAGCAAAUCACUAGACGACAUCUGAAAUAAUUCAUCACCUCGACAUUUAUGAAGUUGUGACAGGUUAUACAUUUUGUUGAUGCCUUAUAAGAAUCGAUUUUGCAGCAUCACAGGUCUUAUUCGUACAUGUUUAUCUUAUUAUGAUUCUUUUUACUUUAGGAGUUUGUCAUGGUGUAAACACCCCAAAUAUAAGAUAGACCUUUUAACAUUUGAAUGCAGUUUGAUUUGUUAGGUUUAUAUUUUGUAAUACUGUAAUUAAUAACGCAGAAAACAAAACAGUUUUGAUACAUUUGUAUUAAAUGUAGCAGUGUAUACCUAGAAAACUAUGGUGGGUAAAGUGGACUCAAUAAAGCAGAUCUUCCUUCAAAAGGAAUUUUAUCAGUAAAUACUUGAAAUGCAGAAAACUACUCUGUCCUAAUAGUGGGGUUCAACACUGACUUACCACUAAAAUGGAUUAUUUACAGUGCUGGGCUUUAUUAUCGCUUUAGAGUGGAUGUGGGUUCACCAUUUUAAAGAAUCUAUAUAAAGUCCUGCUUUUAGACGCCAUGUUUUAAAUUGACAUUUGCAAAUUAAAUUUAGCAAUAAUUACUUAAAAUGUUAGAGUUUAGACUGGAUUUUCAUAGACAACAGCUAAGCAAACAUUUGUGGGUGAGUGAAGUGUUAUCAAUGUAAAAGGAAUACUGUAGUGUGCCUUUUUAUUUAUUGUAUGUAGAGUAAGAGUGAGUUUUUCUACAAAUGUAGAGUGAAAAGCUUUCAUGACAUGAACAGAAUUAUCUCCUGGUGUUAAGCACCUUAAUCAGGGGCUCCUCCAGGAGAUUUCUAGUGGGGUAGCACAUGUGAAGUCUACAGCACAGAUAAACCACGAGGGCUAACUGUUAUUAAUAUAAUAGGAUUACAUAAUAGCAAGCAAUAUUAUAUUAAAGAGAGCAGAAAUCGGACCAUUCAGUGGCUUACUAAAUACCAGUUUACCAAGUUUCAAUUUGAAAGAAGCAUCUGCAGUGGCCUACUGCUGAUGAGUAUUCUACUUAAUAAUUAUAAUCUGACAGGGGUAUGUAGUCUGUAUGUAAAUAUUAUACAGGUAUAAUUAAGAGUCAUUUAUGAAUUGCAAAAUGUUAAUGGUCUGUUGUAACUACAAGGACCCACAUAGCAGAUUUCAGUUAUCACAGUAAAAACAUACCAAACAUUUACACUGGAGUAAGUGUAGUAUACUAAUAUAAAAUCAUACUUUAAUAUACACAUUUUAUGUUCUCUGUACAUCUCCUUGUUGGUCACAUAGUCACCCGUUAAGAAAUAAAUUGGCAAAGGCACAAUUAUUUUAUGUGUAAAAGAGAAGUUGAAUACAAGCUUACCAUUAGAUAUGGCUGCCUUCAUUUAUGUAAUGUUGGCUUGCCAGUUACACUAGUUAGUUCAAUUAGCAUGAGGUUACUUACUCUUCUGAAGCCGUAGUUGGAGUUGCAAGUAGUCAGCAAGAACCCACAUUCGAAAAAACUCCUCCAUCCCCACUGAAGAACAGUCUAGCGCUUUCAACAACAGCACCCCAAGAAGUGUGAAACGCAGGAGUUCUGUAAACUAAAGACCCAAAUAAGCAGUAUGGUACCAAACUGAUGCCCACAGCUUGGUUUCACCAUCGACCUUAAUGGCAUUUGCCUAUUACCUCUAUAUGGCUGGGAAAAAUCUUUAGUAGUAAAUUUAAUACUGACAUUUUAUUUGCAUUUUUUUUUAUAAAAUAUACAAACAGUAUCUAUAGGUUUGGUUAUUUAACAGACACUGUAAAUCAAACUGCCUGUUGCAGUAUUUCAUCAACCCACUUAUUUCAUUAAGAAAAACACUUUCUAAAUAUGUUAAGGAAAAUGACUGAAAUAAAAUGGAUAAAUUGUAAAAACAAAUGAUUAACAGAAGAAAUAAAAAUAAUAUCAUUAUUGCAGUGACUGUAUUAAACUUGCUAUGAAAAACUAAAAACGUGUGAAGAACACACAUAUGAAGACUUCAUGCUGUAAUGCAAAGUAUUAUCUUGUAGUCAACAAUUCAAAUCAAGUCAUCAGCUGAAGUGUUUAUUUCCGGCACUGAAGAAGGUAACUUGCUCAGUAUUUGUUUUGAACAGUCUGACUAAUACAAUACAAUCUGCAGACUAAAAUACAACAAGUGGAUAACCUACUAUGAACCAACUGUACGACAAAUCAAAUAUUUAGUUGUGUAACUUAUUAUGAUGACAGACUUUACAGAUUGUGCUUUUUGCUAUGAUCAGUCUAGAGUUCGAGCAGAGAAGUUCUAAUGUUACCACCACUUGUUGUUUUGUAGUCAAGCACUCAUUUUUCAAGAUAUUUAUUUUUAUACUAUUUAUCCUAUUUGUGUUUAAAAUAAUGAACAAACAGGUAAAGGCCAUUCAGGUGUGAAAGCUACGUUCUUUUCUAUUUUUUUCCAGCAUAGGAAUAACCUUUGCCUAUUGUUUUUUCUUUUACAGAUGUUCUCUGACACACCUCUUCACCAACUCCCCUAAAAUAUUAAAAACUCUCUCUAUAUUUACUGUGUACACAUAAAUAUAACCUUUUAAAUUUUAAAACAAAAUGUACCUCCAGAUGUUUCAUUAAUUAAAUGGCGCAAAUUCAAAUAACUAGUAGUACUUCUGUGUACAUUUCCAAUAUAUUUCAUUUUCAGAGCAGAAUAAAGAUAUUAGAUUUAUCUUUAUGUACUUUCUAACAUAUUGCAAAUUUGAUUAUCCAAAUAAAGCACUUUCAGAAAAAUGUUAGUAGCAUAAGAUGUAACUAUGUAAUGCUAAAUGUAUCCAACAUCAAUGAGAAUUGUUCCUUAUAUGUGAAAUCAAAAUUGGAGGAGAAAAGUUCAAGUUUAUGCAUACCUAGACAUUUGCUGAUUUCACAUUAAUUAUAUAUUUUCUGUGCUUUGAAUUUAUGCCUUAUAACUGCACUUAAAUGUCUAGAUGGUGCUUUAAUGAGCCUUUACAACACAUGCCUUGUAGGAUUAUAAUAAAUUAAACUGAGAAAACUACUUAGAAUGCGGAAAAACUCGUGUUCACUUCCACGUACUCUAACCAUAUCAUGCUUACAUUUCUCUGAUUUGUUGUACUCGUCAUGAAUUUAACCUAAAAUGAAUAUUUACGAUUGUCACCACUGUUAGGAGAUUUAAAACAGAUAUACUUUUUAAAAAUUGGAAAGUGAAGAGGAUUAUGUUUUUUGUGAUGAUAAAUUUUAGAUGUAUUAGUAACUGGUGGAGAAUCGUGUCUUUUUAAAGUACUUUAGUUUUAAAAACACUAAAAUGUUGACAGACCCUGAGCAAUUCAGUCAUUUUCUAGAAAGGCACCUAUAGUUUUUCAUAAGUUCAGGGGCGAGUUUCCCAAAGGUGUCGUAUUGGCAUACUUCAUUAACUUAAAUAAAGCUGUGACUAAACUUAUUUGUAAAUCAUCAACAAACCCAACCAAGUCACAACCGAAACAGAGCUUCUUUAGUUAGAUCUUGCCGGCUGCUCUGUCCACAAGACUGGAGGAUUGUUGUGCAGUAAACGUCAGUCCAGAACCUUUUAGCAGUGAUGUUUGUGACCAGUCCUGUGGCUUAGGUUCAAGUCCAUACAUGGGCGGGGAAGAUUAAUCCUAUAAGGAGGUAUACUAAUUGACAUUACAGCUGCUAUUACUGUGUUGACAUAUUUGGUUUUGAUUAUGUCAAAUAACUUCUUAGUUAAGUCUUAUUUUGGGUAACAGCAGGUAAACAUCUCCUGCAUGCUCACUAUGUCCAAUGCUAAAUCCCCGAGCUGUGACAGAGGGGAGGUAUACAAGGACACGCUGCAGUACAUGUAACAUUAUGAAUUUAGAAGAUGCACUUUCAGUGCCUAUACUGUACCAAUUAUCUCUAGGGCUUACAUUUUUACCUGAAUGACAUUGCACUGUGUUGCACAACACUGCAGUACAAGCUGGUUUAUGCCUUCCAAUACAUAAAGAAAACCUUGCAAUUAAUUUCCAGGGGGUAAGUGACCAGGACAUUAUCAGGCUGGUUUGGAUGCACAUAUAAACAUUACCACCAAUGUUUUCACUCUAUCUGUGUAUGAAUGAUGUUCAUACCAUUUGCUAUUUUAAGUGUUAAUUCUGUUUUAAUUGUCACAUCCAUAAAUAUACAAUGUGCACUGUUUUUAAGUGGUCAUACUUCUAUUCAGUCUUAACUUUAGUCUUUGCAAGACUGAAAUGCAAAAAAAAAAAAAAAAACACAUGGCGCUAAUACCUUAUAAUUAUAUCUGAACAAGAUAGUAUAAAUGAAGGACUCAGCCAAGCCAUUGUUUGUUGGUAUGUGCCAUGAAGACGUCAAUGUAAAGCUUAUAAACACACACACACUUUGACCUGAUACAAUAAGUCAUCUUUUUCUGAGUACAAUAUUAUUGGCACUGAAGUAGCCUGUUGUUUUGUGCCCCUACCAGUGUGAGCUGUUUGCUCAAAAUAUCAAUUUGUUGGAGCUCCUUUUGUUUUAGCUGAAGCCAUUCUAUUUAUAGCUAAAGCCUUUCCUUUUUCAUUUAUGUGUACUUUUCAGGGUAAUGGAGACAAAUAUAUUUGACAUUAUUGAUCACUCGUUUUUUAACUGACAGUUUGUCCCAUGCUGGUGAAAGGAGAGAGGCCACAAAGAGCCACUUUAAACUGUGUCAUUAAGCACUGAAUAACAAAGCCCUUUUAGGAAGUGUUUGCAAAAGUGGCAAGUAUUUUACUCACAUCCUAUGUCAUUCGCCAGUUAGUGGAGUGAACCAAAAAUUCUGCUCUGAAAGUCGUCCCAUGCUUAAUGUGCCCACGCAGGAUACUAAUUUUUCUUCUUCCUUGUGCUGUGACUGCCAGUAUUCCCUUGUAUGUCUAACUGCUUCCAUUUAAAUCUACUGGAAAUCCUCUUCCUCUUACAUUAUGACACAGUUUUAAAUUCAAUGUGCUAUUACAACAAAAAAUACAUGUAUUCUGAUAAAUGAAAAUUAAUAACAGUAUUGAAUCACAAGUAUACUUUAAGAUAUUGUACAGGAAGUAUUCUAAUACAAAUUAGACUGGAUUUAUUUAGUUUGUUUUUGUACACCACAGUGCCCUCAUUUGGCUAAUGUAAAUUCACCUUAAACACAAGACCAAAUGCUAUUAUAUGAAAAUGUAUUAUUUAAAGUGCUUUCAGAUCACUUGUUUUUUUCCUGUUCUUUACCAUUGUUUGCAAGCUUUAACAUUAAAGGAAAUAAAAUACUCAAAUUAU